ACUCAGAGGUCUGACAGCCCAGAAGAGUUGGAUACAGCCUCAGCCCCCUGAACAGGAGUCACAACGCAAGGACUAAAUAGGGAGCAAACCCAGCCUUCCAUCCUGACAGGUCCUCUCAGGAGAGAUGACACCAGCCAGACCAGGAUUCUACCCCCUGCUGCUGCUCCUGCUGCUGGGACUGUGGGUACCUGAGGCCCCAGUCAGUGCCAAGCCCAAGAACAUGACCUCAUCUCAGUGGUUUGAAACUCAGCACGUGCAGCCCAAGCCGCAAGCAUGCAACUCAGCCAUGGGUCAYGUCAACAAGUUCACAAAACACUGCAAAAACCUCAACACCUUCCUGCAUGAAUCCUUCUCCAGUGUGGCCACCACCUGCCAGACCGCCAACAUAACCUGCAAGAACAACCAUAAAAACUGCCACCAGAGCUCAGGACCUGUGUCCCUCACCAUGUGUACACUCACCUCAGGGAAGUAUCCGAACUGUAGGUACAAAGAGAAGCAUCUGAAUGCACCUUACAUAGUAGCCUGUGACCCUCCCCAGAAAGGGGACUCUGAGAAAUUUCAGUUGGUUCCAGUGCACUUGGAUGAAGUCCUUCAGGUUUCCAGACUUUCUGACUCUUUGGUUGGGUCUUAAUUCCUUCUCCAGGCCUCUGCACCGAUCCUCCUUGGCUCCUUCUCCACCCAGAGUGUUCUCUUCCUUUCAUCUCUGAGGGCUCUUCCUGGUUCAGGCUCUUUGGAGAAGCUGACAGGGAGCUGAGGCUGAUACGUUGGUGGGCUGAGCUCCGAGAAGAUGGUCUUUCAUCUUUUAAUUGCUGUUUUCCCAGAAACUUAUCCCCAAGAGAGGGGCUGAGCAAACUCAGGUUCAUAGGUUCCCUGGUCUAUACCUUUAAACAUCUCUCCCUCAUCCCAUCUUGUCAUGAUAGCAUGAUAAGAGAGGAAAUAAAUGGAGAAGGGGUGAAUAGAAUUUAUAGACAGCUCUGUUUCCAUUCCUAAACCAGAAGUCUUCCCARCUCUGAUGUAGGGGUCACCUGUAUGGGGAGAGGGGGUCRGAAGGAAAGAGGAAGACAAAGAAAUGCCACAUGAUAUUUAUAUAACACGUCACAC